CCCCUGUAUUCUCUAUGCAGACCCUGCCUUCAGCCCCGCCUCCACAACCGGCCGGCAUCCCAGACUCCCAGCUCCCCUCCAGGCCCGCGCUUCCUCCAAGAGCCCAGCCCGAGCCCCUCUUUCCGGCUCAGGCCCGCCCUCCGGGGGCGGAGCUGGGCCAGGUGUGGUCUGGGCGUGGCAGGCGCCAACCCAGGUGCAGUUCCGUCAAGAUGGCCGCCGCGUUCCGCCUCUCUGCACCCCGGGCUCGGCUGCUGCGCGCCGCCCUUGGCCUCCUGUGCUGGGCCCCUGCGGCUGUGGGCGCCAUCCCCGAGCUCGGGCUGUGGACUGAGACGGUCAAUGACAAAUCGGGACCUUUGAUAUUUAGGAAAACUAUGUUUAACUCUACUGAGAUCAAGUUUUCUGUUAAGUCAUUCAGGUGUUCUGGGCCUGUGAAGUUUACCAUAGAGUGGCAUUUGAAGUAUCAUACCUGUCACAAUGACUAUCCUGAUCUGGAAGAGAGGUCCCAAAAACAUGAACUUCGUGUUGAUGAAGAUUUUUGUGGUUAUUUGAAGAAUAUUGACUGUUGGAAAACAAAAAAUGAGAACUUAGAUUGCAACAGUGAUUUACAGGUGUUUCCUUCAUUGAAUAAUAAAGAACUAACAAGUAGCAAAAAUAUUUCAGACCAGGAAGGAUCAAUGGAUGUUGUAGCAAGAACACAGAGAGAUGGGUUUCAUAUCUUUAUUGUUUCUAUUAAAACAGAAAAAACAGAUGCCAGCUGGAAUUUAAAUGUUUCUCUUUCUAUGAUGGGGCCUCAUGGAUAUAUCUCUGCAUCAGAUUGGCCUCUAAUGAUUUUCUACAUGGUGAUGUGUAUUGUUUAUAUAUUGUAUGGUGUGCUCUGGCUGAUGUGGUCUGCCUGUUACUGGAAAGAUAUAUUAAGAAUACAAUUCUGGAUUGCAGCUGUUAUUUUCCUAGGAAUGCUUGAAAAAGCAGUUUUUUAUUCUGAAUACCAAAACAUCAACAACACUGGACUGUCAACCCAAGGUCUGUUGAUAUUUGCGGAGUUGAUAUCUGCAAUAAAGAGGACAUUGGCCCGCCUGCUUGUGAUCAUUGUGAGCCUGGGCUAUGGCAUUGUGAAGCCUCGGCUGGGGACAGUCAUGCACCGGGUCAUUGGACUGGGACUGCUUUACUUUAUCUUUGCAGCCAUUGAAGGCGUGAUGAGAGUCAUUGGGGCGAGUGACUCUGAUCUUGUUCUUCUGGCCAGCCUCCCUCUCUCUCUCCUUGACUCUGGCUUGUGCUGGUGGAUUUUUAUAAGUUUGGCACAAACUAUGAAGACUUUAAGACUAAGAAAAAACACAGUGAAAUUUUCCUUAUAUAGGCACUUUACAAAUACUCUCAUCUUUGCUGUGCUAGCUUCUAUAGUGUUUAUGGUGUGGACAACUAAGACAUUUAGAAUUGCAAAAUGCCAAUCUGAUUGGAUGGAACUCUGGGUUGAGGAUGCAUUUUGGAGCUUCCUUUUCUCACUUAUCCUUAUUGUAAUAAUGUUUUUGUGGAGACCAUCUGCAAAUAAUCAGAGGUACGCCUUCAUGCCCUUAAUAGAUGAUUCUGAUGAUGAAGUUGAAGAAUUCAUGGUCACAUCUGAAAAUUUAACUGAAGGAAUAAAAUUAAGAGCUUCAAAAACAGUUUCCAAUGGAACAGCUAAACCUGCUACUUCUGAUAAUUUUGAUGAAGAUUUGAAGUGGGUGGAAGAAAAUAUUCCCUCUUCAUUCACAGAUGUAGCACUCCCAGUGUUAGUGGAUUCAGAUGAGGAAAUUAUGACCAGAUCUGAAAUGGCUGAAAAAAUGUUCUCUUCAGAAAAGAUAAUGUGAUUGGAUCCUGUGUAAAUGAAAUCAGGUUAAUGGUAAAGGACUGUCUUUCCUCAGGCCUCAGAAAGCUUUGUGUUGAUUUAGCAUAGUAAGUUCUUACUAUGUUGUCUUGGAAAUACAUGUAUUAAAAUGAAGAAUUUGGGUGGUAAGAAGGUUCUGUGACAUCCUUAAAGCUGACUUUUAAAUGUCAUUUUAAUCUCCAUUGAAUUGCCUGGAUUUGGAAAUAAUCUGAGAAAAGUUGUAUUACCAUAGAGAUGUGUGCACAGAUGCCUGUUAGUUGGCGAUGGCAAGCCUGUGUGUUUGGGUUCUGUCUCUUUUCUCUGGAAAAUAGGACAAUUCCAGGUUUUUAAAAAAAAUUAUAUAAACAGGCCUGCUAUACUUUCCACUCAGCUUUAAGAUAGAUGAUGGUGUAAUUCUUCUGAAGUGGAGUAUAUCAGUGUCUCCAUCUUUUGGAUUUAUAGAUACCAGAUGGAAAGAUAAUUUCCUUUUACUUUUAUACUGAAGUGACUUAACUUUGAACCUAGGCUUAUUUAUAUGUUUCAUUUGCCUUUUGUUGGUAGUCUGCACAAUGCCCUUGUCUGUAAAUACUGUUAUGCACAUGGGAUCAUGGAGUGAAGUCUUCUCUAAGCUCAGGGGAUACAAGUGCACAAGGAGAGAAGUCUUGAGGGUCACUUCCAGAGAUCUGCUCUGCCACUGUCCCCACCCUUGGGCCAUGGGGGCAUGUGCUGCUGUGUCUGCCGGGGCUGGUGGUGCACACCUGUCCAUGUGGCACCCCCAAGUAUUCCCACUCAGCCAGGUGGGACCUGCACUCCUGGUGAGCCUUGGGGAAACCUGAACUGUCAUUUACAUCAUCUUGGUAUUUUCUGUUUUGUAAUAAAAACAUAUAUUUAACUGUGCAGUACAUCACAGUUAAUUUGUAAUUAAUUGAGUAACUUUCAACUAUGUUUUACACCUUAUUUUGUAAUGUAUGAUUUAAAUUUUUUGUUUUAGUAUCUUUUUUAAAAAUAUAGACUGUUCUAAACUUGAAAGGCAGUUGAAUGUAGUAUAAUGAAAAUGUGAAUGUUUUGCUGCUUUCAUGACCAAAGACACAGGGCUAGUGGACAUUUUGAACAGUAAUGAAAGGUAGGAUCUUCUCUGUCUUUUCUCUGAGGAAAUGCUAACUUUGUGAAUUAAGAAGGACUUUGAAGAAUUUUUGUUGAGAAAACAUAAAAAUUAUAAGCUAUACAAACACGUAAAACAUAAUUUUUACACUGUGUAUCCACCAAACUAAUUUUUUCUUUCUUAAGCCUACUUUUAAAAUUACUUAUUUAUGCAUUUCAGAGAAGUUAGUAAAGAUUUAUUUCUAGUAGUAAUGUCUCUUGAAAGAUAUUUACAAAUGUGUUUUCAAUAGUGAGGAUUUGGCAAGUGAAGAGUGUUGGCAGAUGUUCAAGAGAAAGGCAUGGUUCUCAAAAUGCCAUUUCUUUGGGACGUCCUUCAUGGGGAAAGAAUGUCUCGUUUAACAGUGUGGGUUCCAUUGACUUCAGCUCCUGCCUCAGUCAUGGGCUACCACCCACUCUUGCCCAACUGUAUGUCUGUGCUGGUUUGGGCAUUUUCUGCCUUUAACCCGGUUUCAGACCAGAGUGCCCACUGACAUCUUAUUUUUUAUUUUUAUUUUAUUUGUGGGGGGAGGUACUGGGGAUUGAACUUGGGUCCUUGUGCUUGCGAGGCAAGCAGCAGAACCACUAAGCUAAAUCCCUGGCCCACCACUGACAUCUUUGUCUGGCCCCUGCCCCUGGACUUUGAGCACAUUGAGCCCCAGCUUACCACACAAUUUUAGUUGAGUUUCACAGUGUGGAACCCUGGGCUUUUGGCCAGAGGUGCUGCAGAUUUAGUAGGGUGGGGAUGGGAGUUGCCUGCAAGUGUGAUGAUAAGGGAAAUGGCCUCUGAUAUAACCUCUACAGUGUUUAUAAAAACACUUCUUAGGGCUGGGGAUUUAGCUCAGUGGUUCUGCUGCCUGCCUCAGAAGCGUAAGGACCCAAGUUUGAUCCCUGCCAAAAAAACAACAAAAAAACCCCACUUCUUUCAGCCACUGAGAAGAUAAAUGAUGUUACCUGUGUAGCACAGCUGCUGGCCGAAACACCACCCUUCUCUUUGCAAAGAAAGCAAGGUCCUAAUCACCUCAGAAAUGUUUUUAGAAAGCGAUGUGCGUGCCUUGCUUUUGUGUCACCUGCUGAUGUGUGCUGACCUGAGCUGAGGAUUCCUCUGGGCCUUUCUCAGCCCCACAGGGAAACAGGAGGCUGCCCUAACACCAUUGCCACACGCCACCUCCAGGGCACGGGAGAGCUCCCACUGGCCACUGCUUAGAUCCUCCCCCUACCCGCCUCUGCAUGGGGUUUCCAGACCCAUGAUCUCGGUCUUCCAGGUGCUCACAUUGGCUUACUGGGAUGGGUCUCCGUAUUAAUGAAGGGGUCUGAGGAUACAGGUCCAGUUUCAUGUGUUUUUAGGCAAAAUGGUUAAGAGUUCUUGUUAUGCAGCCCGUAUUAGAAUUAUGUAUUGUGUGAAAUUUGCUUAGGAAAGAAUUUUUAUGAUUUGGUUUAGAUGAGUAAAUAUUUUCUUUGAAGCAUAGUGAGUUUAUUGCAGAAUCAAGGAUAAAUAGGUGAAUAUUUUAAGCCUCAGAGAUGUUAAGAUAUUCUCAUACUUUUCCUGUAAAGAAAAUAAUUUAUCUUUUAUAUACUAUAGAAUACCAACUUUCCCUUCUGUAUUACAAUACAUAUGUUUGCACUUCUAUAAUGUCAAUACUGAAAGUAUUAAAAAUGUAUAUAUAAUGUUGAUCUUUAUACUUUCUUUUAGAAAGAGGUUUGGGUCUGUCUCACUGGCUCUACAUUAUUGAGAUGGAGCGAUGUUGUUAUGCUAGGUCUAUGUAUCUAGUUCUGGUACUUGUAUCUUUAUAUGGUCAACAUCAUGCAGGAAGCAAUACAAAAUACCAGGCCUUAUCUUUAUAAAAAAUAAGUUUAACAUGGUUAAAGGUGUGAACAUACCAAAUGUAUAUAAGUGACAAAAGUAGAAUUUUAAAGAAGUAUAUGUUAUAACAUAGGAACUCAGUACUAUAUUAAGAAAAUAUGUUAAAACUAGGAAAACAUUUAUUUGGAGAGAAAGUUAGUGGCUUAAAAAGUUAUUUUUUUUAAUUUGAAAAGGUUAAAUUAUUCUAUAAUUUAGAAGAAGUUUCUUUGAGUGAAGGAUUUUUUUUAAAUUGAUGUAUUUUUGUGCCUUAAUAUUUGUUUUACUUUUAAUAAAAUGCUUUGUGAAAUCUUG